GCGACCACAGCAAGCUCCGUCACUUGCAGCAACAACGCUCCUCUACACCAAACGUUUUACUGUGAAGAAACAGAAUGUUUAAAAAAGACAUAACACCUGGCGCGAAAAGCAAAGUGAAAUCCUCGGCUCAACGCGCCAUCCGUGCCAAAGUCCUGGAGCAAUAUCCCCUCCUCGAGCCAUAUAUCGAUGAUAUCCUACCUAAAAAGGACCAGCUCGACCUGGUGAAGCUGCCAGACCGCGUGUCGCUCUACACUCUCGGCUCCACUCCUCUCUUCUUUCAACACAUGGACGAUCCUCUCCUCCCCCAUCUCGCCCUUGUACACAAGUAUCCAGAUUGCUUCCACCGCCUACGCAUAGACCGCGGUGCAAUCCGAUUCGUCCUCUCAGGCGCAACCCUCAUGGCUCCAGGCCUGACUUCCCCAGGCGGCCGUCUACCAAACGAUCCUGAAGAUGAGGAGGGAAGAUAUGGAAAGGAAGAGCUGGCACCAGGGGAGGUUGUGGUGAUCGAGGCCGAGGGUAAGGAGAACGCAUGCAUGGUUGGGGUGUUGAAGAUGGGGACCGAGGAAAUGAAAAAGGCAAAGAAAGGACAGGCUUGUGAGGCGGGACAUUAUCUUGGGGAUGGCCUCUGGGGAUUGAGCUUGGGCUAGAUACGAGGGACGAAGGGGUUAGCACGCUUAUGGUGUAUGGUGAUGCAUGGGAACUGAUAUGCUAUGCGGAACCUCCUAGGAGUGCACCGCGCUGAGCUUGCUGGAAUAGCCGACGCAGCAGGGGCCCGGACUCUUGAAGGGAAUACCGUCGGGUGCUCGACCGAAGACCUCGUCCACUGUGAUCGUGGGACCUGGUGGUAUCAUUACUAUCUGAUGAUGAAAAAAUCUAUCCAGGCAAGGCUGUCAUGCCCUAAGUGUCAGAAAUUGGAUAGUUAUGCUCCUCGACCGGCGCCACCAGCUCCG